AUGUAUGCAUGUCUAGCGACUAGACCAGAUCUGAGUAUAGCAGUGAAUUUCUUCAGCCAGUACCAAAGCAAGGCUACUAAAGUGCUAUGGGAAGGCCUGAAGCGUAUUUUGCGUUAUCUUCAAGGGACCAAGAAUUGGGGGUUAUGGUAUAGAAGCCACAGUGAAACGAUUUUGGUUGGAUAUGCAGUUGCAGACUUUGCAAAUGGUGUGGAUAGGAAAUCAGUAACAGGUUAUCUGUUCAAACUAUAUGGAAAUUUGAUAGUCUGGGCAUCACGGAAGCAAAGAACAGUAGCACUUUCGUCUACGGAGGCAGAAUUCAUCGCCUUGGCUUCAGCUGCAGCUGAAUAUUUAUGGGUUAAGCAAAUGCUACAGGAGAUGAAAGUGUUUGUAGAAGAACCAGUAAUAAUGUUUGAGGACAAUCAAGCCUAUAUUCACUCACUAGUGAGUUGGGACCAGAAACGAUUAAAGCACAUUGAUAUUAAAUAUAAUUUCAUAAGAGAUUUGAUAAAGAAUAAAUUAAUUGAAGUUAAGAAUAUUGAAUCAGCUAACCAAAUGGCUGACAUUCUUACAAAGGGAUUGCCAUUCAAUUUGUUUAAUAGAAUAGAAUAA